AUGAGGACUCACCAAAACAAACGCCUUUGCCAAGUCGAAUCCAAGGUUUUGUUGGGAACGGCCAUCAAGCACAGUGGUGAGCGAGGUUGUAACGAGGAAGAUGAGAAAGACAAGCUAGAAGAUUCAAUCCCUAAUGAUCUAGAGGUGGAUAUACUAACUAGACUGCCGGCAAAGACUCUGUUGAAGUUCCGAUGCGUGUCCAAGAUGUGGUCUUACAUCAUCCGAAGCCAGAGUUUCGUGGAUUCCCACUACGCUUUGUCCUCCUCGACGCGAUCGCGUUUCACAGUCACUUUCUGUAACGCUCUAAUCGUCCCGGAUGACACCAAGCGUUUGUUCAUCUUUUCCUCUUCCUUUGAGGAAGAAGAUAAAUCUUCUUCUUUGGUUGCCAAGCUAGACAUGACAGUACCUACUGUGGUCUUGACUUACCGGUGGAAGUGUCCUUCCAUCCACGGCUUUAUUGGUUGUAUUAAUAAUAGCUUUCAGUUCAUUGUAUGUAACCCGAGUACGAGGCAAGUCAUUACCUUACCCACUAAAGGAUCCCGCUCAUCCUUGGGAUAUGAUCCUGUCGGUCAUCAAUUCAAAGUGUUGAACCUGGUGACUUCUCCUGACAUGUUUCCUGAUUAUCUAGUGCACGAGUUUAUAACACUUGGAGGAGGAGGAGAAGUAUCACGCAGUCAGGUUACCACCGCUCCUUAUUACCCUGUAACCGAUGGAGUUUACAUCAAUGGUUCCAUCUAUUAUGGUGCUUGGGCCCCUAAGCUAAGAAUGGAUCCGGUGAUUGUGUGUUUUGAUGUCAGACACGAGAAGAUAAGUUUUAUCAAAGCGCCUAGGAAUGUUGUGUUUUGGGAGACUGAAUCAAUAUUGAUGGAUUACCGAGGGAAGCUAGCUUCGGUUUUAGUAAACCCAUAUUCUCCAUUCCGAAGUUUUGGUUUAUUGAUACUUGAGGAUGCCAAGAAACAUGAAUGGUCCAAGCAAACGUUUGAGCUUCCUUUCCCGUUGGUCGAUGUGACUUCCCCGGGCACCAACAAGGCUGGUGAAAUCAUUUUUGCCCCAAACACUCUCCCACCCGUUGAUAAACCAUUCUUCAUUUUCUACUACAAUGUGGAAAAGAAAGACAUGAGAAGAGUUAGGCUCCAUGGAGUUGCAGACGAUGAAGAGUUUCGGCGCCGAUAUGGACUCCAAGACACUAUGCGCGUCACUAUCACACCCGAACACUUUGAAAGUAUUGCAUCUUUGUAA